GCAGAUAUGUUGGAGCACGAGCCUACUCUGGUUCGGCGGCUCCGCAGAACCAACACAACAAGGCGGUGAACGAGGCGCCUGCCGCAACAGAAAUGUUCCUGCCGCAUCACCUGCUCCCGUGGGGUUCACCCAUCUUCUACUUUGCACUGGUGGCAGUCCCACUCCUGUGCAUAUACAACGAGAUGCAGGACUCCAAGAUGGACGAGGUCAACCAAGCCAUGCGGGAGGAGCGGCUGAAGCGCCGGGAGGAAAAGCUUUCCGCGGAGCAGGAAGAAGUCAGCAUCCGCGAGUUCGAGGAGCCCGUGGUUGAUUUCACGGUGAACCGGCUGAAGCUUCUGCACCUCAUCGACAAGGCUUGCGGCGGCCGCAGCAAAGCCGGCACCAGUUCCGAGUUUCGACUGGAGAACAUGGGCGCCCUGAGGCCGCAGCUGGCACGAGACCUGCGCGAUUGUGGCCUGAGCUUAGGCUACCCUAAAGCAGAUCGCGUCAAUGGCUUCCUUCUCGAAAAGGUUGAGUUUCAAAGUCGAGACAACAUCUCCCACUUCGCCUUACGCCUGGCUUUCUGCAAGAGCAACGAGGCUCGCGAGUGGCUGCUGAAGCAGGAACAGCGCCUGUUCGUCUUGCGCUUCGAGGGCCUGAACACAGACGCAAAGGAGGCUUUCGUGGAGUCCACUGGCAUUAGAGCUCAGAGGUUCGAGGAGCCGUCCGAGGGCGGCCCGACUCUCUCGAUGCUUCAAAAGUGCACGGCUGGCGUGAAGACCUGGAGAGACGGGCGCGCGGAGGUUGAGCAGGUCUUUUAUGCGAUGUCCUUCACCGAGGUACCCCCUGCAUUUAUCGCAGGGAGGAGGGUGGUGGUCAAGAAGGGCAAGGCCUACGUUCCUGCGAGCUCACUGAAAAUGAUCGUUGCAAAGAAAUUCAAGGACCUCCUGGCAGCAAGCUUGGAUGUGGCCUUCCAAGGCAUCCACAUGGCCCUGGCCGAUCCUCGAGUGGGUCUCUUCCUGCGGCAGCUGCAGGAGAUGGGCAUGCAGCUGGUGCUGCCCAUGCGCACCUCUUCCACGGAGGAAGCCGGCGAGAAGCUGAACCUCGGCAACUUCGAGGAGCUUCUCUCCCGCUCCCUGCCUCCCUGCAUGCGCCGGCUCGUAGAAAGGCAGCGGGAGACCAAGAAGCACUUGAAGCACGCAGGGAGGAUUGCGGCUUCUCCUUCGAAGACUCCGUCAGCUGGUGGAAGCAGGAGCUGUGCCGCGAUCCGACCAUCGAUUCCGGGAAGUUCGACAAGAAUUACAUGUACGAUCUCGAGCACGCUUACGGGAAGAAGGGCCACCUUCAAGGAGCCGGAUGUAGAAGAAGCGCGGGGCGAAUACGUCUAUGCUGGUUGCGACCUGAAGCCGGCUCUGCCUUUUGCUCUUUUCACGUCUGUGGUGGUGGGGGCACUUUGCACUGCACUCGUCCAGAUUCCACUGUUCUGCCGUUUGCAGAAGUGGUCCCAGGCCGAGGCUCCGCUGACAACCCUGGAUGUUGGGCUCGCUGCAGUCACCGUGGUUUUGAUGGGGUACUGCUCCUUGGCGGACCCUGGGCAACUGAAGAAGACGAGGAAUGUCCCCCUCGACGGGAUUGACCUGGAGCAGGGUGAGCGCCCUUUCCGGGCUCAUGAGUCCUGGCAGUACGGUCGAAAGAUCCGACGAUAUGACCAUUAUUGCAAAUGGGUGCAUAACGUCAUCGGUCUCCUGAAUCACAGGGAGUUCGUUGUGCUGCUUGUUUGCCUGUGCAUGACUGGGCUGUUUGGCAUCGUCCUGGACGGCAGUCUUGCGUUGCUCCUAGCACAGAAGGGCAUGUGGGAAGAGGAGAUAGCGGUCGUAUCGCACCUUGCAUUCUCGGUGGGCCUCCUGGCCAUCGAAGUGCCGAUUUUCCGCAUCCACAUCGGCCUCGUUUCCAGGAAUGAACUGGCCGCAGAGUGGAGACACCACGAUAACUACGUGGCAAACAACACGUCCCAGGGCGACUGUAUUCCCGUCCAGGAGCUGGAUGUUGAAGAGUACAAUCAGCUCUACGAUGCACAGGCUUUCAUCUACGACAAGUCCAGGAACCGUUGGGACCUCGGUUGCUUCAACAACUGCUGGACGUUUUGGUGCUGGCCGCGCUGGCCAACUGCCGAAUUGGGCGAGUUCUGA